AGACGCGCCUACCGAAGCUUAAAGACUUUGCUUUUUUUUUUUUUUCCGGGACAGAAGACAAGAGGGUCCAAGACACCUGUCAAGAGGGUUCUACAUCUAAAAAAGCUCCGCAUGAGUUCACCGUUGUUUCUAGGUCAACUGGUUGGGGUUCCGUUAGAAAUAAUGCACCCCACCAUGGAAAAAGACACAACUUAUACCAAGAUUUUUGUCGGAGGGUUGCCUUAUCACACCAACGACGCAUCACUUCGGAAAUAUUUUGAGACUUUCGGAGAUAUCGACGAGGCGGUGGUGAUCACGGACAAACAGACGGGCAAGUCCAGAGGAUAUGGCUUUGUGACCAUGGUGGACAGGAGCGCAGCAGAGCGGGCAUGUAAAGAUGCAAACCCUAUCAUUGAUGGAAGGAAAGCCAACGUUAACCUGGCGUAUCUGGGAGCAAAGCCUCGCAGCACUCAAACCAGUCUCUCCGUUGGAGUUCAGCAGGUCCAACCUACGUGGGCUCAGAGGCAAUAUGGGCUGGCCCACCAGUACGUCUACCCCCAGGCGUUCCUCCAGCCCAGUCUGAUGCUCCAGUCCCAGCUCAGCCCGACGGCGGCAGCCCUCGCCUCCCCCUACCUGGACUACAGCUCUGUUUACAGCCACUACACCCCCACCGGACUGGAGCAGUACCCAUACACCCCAUCACCGUCACCCUCUGCGGGCUACCUCAGCUAUGGCUUCACUCCCGGCACCACAGCGUCUGCUCUCACCGCAUCGCCGACCCCCCCGGCUGCCAUCCACCCAUCUCUGGCGGCGCUUACCACUGUGUCCACGGCACCGCCAGCGUUCCUUCACUACCCUGUGCACCAGCCCGACCGUAUGCAGUGAGCAGCUCCCACUGCUGUAUCAAUGAUUCAGAACAGCGUGACUUUUGCGCUUCAACCUAUGACAUCAUCAGGAUGAGACUGGACAACAGGGAAGAGAGUGUGACAUAAUCAAAAGGGCUUUUAGAGAUCACUCUCAUCCCUGGAUUUUGUUUUUUUUUAUUAUUGUUGAAUUAGUUAAUGAAAAUGUCCUACUUCUAUUGCCAUCAUCAUCUUAUCUGAAUGUUUUUCAUCGGUGGAAAAAGUCAGGGACCAGGAAAGAUGGCAUGAUAAACUUUUUAUAAGUACUUUAUUUCUGACCCCCAGUGUAAAAGUCGGAAGCAGCAUGGCUUUAGUAGGUAAAGACAAUGAGAAAUAUGUCUGUUUGACAUGAUGCUGCAGCUGCAGUUUCUCCUGAGGUACUGAAGUGAAUGCUGGAUAUCAGCCAAGCUGGGAGCCAGUUCCUCUUUCAGAAAUGCAGGUCCAAUUACCUCCUUUGUCAAGGUUACCUUCCUGUCUUUGGCCUUAGAGACGUUGCUCUGUACCUGGUUCAGUUUGUCAGUUUUAUGAGCCUCUCAUCUAAAAUGAACAAAAUGUUUAUUGUACUCCCCUUUCUUCCUUUUCUUUACCGCUGGCAAGUUAUUACACAGUGAUAAUCACAACUGAACGGAAUAUGCAAUUAUGAUGAAGGAUGAACAUGAAUAAGGUAGACAACACUGGUGUAUUGUUGUUGUUUUUUUAUAUCGCUACUGCUUGAACAUUCCUCAGAGGAGGAUUUUGUUAACACUUAAUAUAUAAUGUUGAUUCUGCAGCAGCUUACAGUGGGCUAUUUUUUAUCUGUCAUGUUUGGUAGCUGGAUUUGGUCUUUUUCAACUGAUGGUAGCUGUCAAUACAUAUCAAGUAUAUGUGUUGGGGUUAAGGUGUCCAAAUAUGUUUUUGCUGAAUGAGUCACAGUUUUUGGCAUCUUUUUUCUGUAUUUGACUGAAUGACUGAAAGAAGAGAUGCAGUAUACACCAGUGUCAGGACCGAGUUCCUAUUCCAGCCCAUUGUCCUGGUCAGAGUUGCCCCUUUGUUUCUCCUAGCUGCAGAAUAGAGAAAGAAGCUUUAGCGAUGAUAUUGGAGUAUCUUGGUGCAAAUGCACCACCUUAGUCGUCUACAAACAAGCCAUACAUCACAUUUAAAACAAAUAUGCAAAAUAAAAUGAAUAUUUCUUAAAAAGA